AAACGUGGUGCGUAUAUAACCGAUGCUUGGUCAAUCUCUUCCUUCAAACGUGAUCUAAGUCUUGCCGGGGACGGAAACUGUUCUUGAAGCUGAUCUCUGAAAACCAUUCUGCAACCAUGUGGGCUGUACUCCUGUUAAUCUGUUUCAUAUCGUCGUUCGAUAUCAGCGCUACGAAGGAACAAUUACAUCUGCAAGUUUUCGUGGAACACCAUGAUCCUACCCAAACAAAACUGAAAAACCUGGACGAAACACCAGUUAGACUUCCUAGAAGAUUCAGGGAGAACAGUCGUACAAGGCGAUUACACAUUGAAAAUCAAACUGGAUUUGACGGAAAGGUGGAGAAAAUUCAUAUCAAUUCCGAAGAAGACCUUCCAGGAAUUCGCGCUUAUGGAUUGCAGAAAAAGAACCCGAUGAAUAACGGUUACAUCGAGAGGAUGCUGGAAAAAGAGGUGAAAGAAGAACUUAACGAUGCUUCCAGAGUAACCCGUUCGGUGGAGGCAUAUGGAAAAUUAAAAGAUCACGUCGAAAUGAACGGACAAAUUGAAAGAAUGCGCUCUCCAAUUUCACUUCAAGUGCCAAACGAGGUCGGAAGUAGAGUAUCCAGAUCCAUAGAGACAGGAUUAAGUCAGAAAGAAAGCAAAGGUGGCUCGGAUGACCUUGAAGCUCAAGACGCGAAAGUCUUCAGACCACUAUUCGUGUAUAGACAACAACAAGCGAAAAAGCAACGCCGUGCACAGAAUCGUUUCUUAAAAAUGAACCAGAAUGUCUUUUACGAUCGACGUCCAUUUUUCUGAAGUCCUCUUCACCGAUCGACGUGUUCGCUUCUCGAGUGCCUGGAAACAAAAUGAAGGAUCAAUCGUGUGAUCAAACAGAAAAGACACAAGUUUGCAUUACAACAUGCAAACGAACAUUGAGCACACUGUUUGCGUUGCGAUAAUCCUUGAGUCGACUAAUUAUCAUAAUAAUUAACCGAUCGAGGCAAAGUCGUUUUGUGCCAUAAAAGAAGAAAGCGGUUCUCGCGCGUCCCUCUCCUGAACACGUUUAGCCUGUCGACGGGAAUGACUUAUGAUGAUCGAAAGCACGAUAAACGCUCGAUAAUGACCGAGAAGGAUGCACGGGAAGAGAAUAUUUCCAUCGAGUGUUAUUAAUCUCCAUGUAACGAGCGUUCGCCAUAGGCGAAAUACCAAAAAGUAUUACGAUAAGCGCGAGAACGAGAUUUAUGUAACUAGUGGCCAAUUAACGAUUCACGUUUCUAGCGUUUCUCUUUUUUCUAUUCCAUUUAUAAUGAAUAUUGUUGUAAAUAAAUGAUCUUCGCUAUCCUA